AUGCUGCUCCGCCUCUUUGGCAACCUGCUAUGCUGCUGGCUCCUUAGAGCUGACAUUUUACGUCUUGCCUUUAGCACCUCUACGUUCUAUCUAGUCGGUCUUUUCGACCUGUGGGACGGUGUGCGCACCCUUGCCAUCGACUCUGUUGGCGUUUACUGCAUCGCCAAGUACCUGCGCACUAGUCCCUUUAUGCCAUGGGCCGGCUUCGGUUUUCUCAUGGGCCACAUGUCCAUAAGUCACAUUGCCCGUCAAGCUGCCAACAGCCCAUCCUCCGUCGACAUUACAGGCGCCCAAAUGGUUCUCCUCAUGAAGCUAAGCGCGUUCUGCUGGAACGUGGCCGAUGGUCAUCUCCCAGAGGACCAACUAUCUGACUACCAAAAGGAGAGGAGGCUGGUUGGCCUUCCAGGUAUCCUGGACUAUGCCGGUUACGUUCUCUUCUUUCCCUCUCUCUUUGCCGGGCCUGCUUUUGACUACAUCGACUAUCGCAAGUGGAUAGACACGACGAUGUUCGACCUCCCUGCCCAGGUUGACCCCUCUAAAGCGCCUCCCGUGAGGAAGAAGAGAAAAAUCCCUCGCAGUGGCACGCCCGCCAUCCUGAAAGCUGCUAGUGGCUUGGGUUGGAUCGGUCUUUUCAUGGUUCUUUCCAACUACUAUUCAACCGCCUAUCUGACGAGUCCCUCCUACAUGGACCACGGCUUCCUACACAGGGUAUGGAUUCUUCACAUGUCUGGUUUUACGGCCCGGUUGAAGUAUUACGGUGUUUGGUCCUUGACAGAGGGUGCUUGCAUUCUGGCUGGCUUGGGCUACAACGGUGUGGAUCCCGUCACCGGCAAGGUAUCGUGGAAUAGGCUGCAAAACAUCAAUCCUUGGGGCGUUGAGACGGCUCAAAAUACCCGCGCGUAUCUCGGCAACUGGAACAUGAACACCAAUAAUUGGCUGAGGAACUACAUCUAUCUCAGGGUCACGCCAAGAGGAAAGAAGCCCGGUUUCCGUGCAAGCCUCGCUACUUUCGGCACCAGCGCUUUGUGGCACGGCUUCUACCCUGGCUACUACUUGAGCUUCAUCCUCGCUAGCUUCACCCAGACAGUGGCCAAGAAUUACCGCCGCUACUUCCGUGCCUUCUUUAUCGAUCCCACCAGUGGUGCACCCACCUCCAGCAAGAUCUACUACGACAUUCUCUCCUGGUUCGUGACUCAGGUGGGUAUGUCGUUUGUCGUCGCUCCCUUCAACAUUCUUGAAUUUUCCGGCUCGGUUCAGGUGUGGGCCCGCGUCUAUUUCUAUACUAUUGUGGGCACCGCGCUGUCCAUAGCCUUCUUUGCCUCGCCCGCCAAGCAAAUGCUGAGGAAGCAACUCGAGCAACGGCAAGGCAAGGCUGGGGCCAAGCUUACGCGCACUCUGAGUCAGGACAGUCUCUCGGGCCGAGAGCCCGUUUUGGGAGUAUCGGCGGAUCCUCAGCGAGAGAUUGACGAAGCCAUGGAAGAAAUUAAGGCCGAGGUGGAGGCCCGGCAGAAGAAGAAGGCUGCUUAG